AUGUCGUCGCAGCCCAAGCAGCCCGGCGCAAAGGGCGCAAACUACCACAAGGAAUGCACCGGCGAGGCACUCGAAACCGCAAAGGCCCACAGCCAGCCCAGCGAGCUGGUCCUCUUUGGAGCCUGCUUCUGCCCCUUUGUCCACCGCGUCUGGAUCGCCCUCGAGGCUAUGCACAUCCCGUACCAGUACGUCGAGGUCGAUCCCUACGCCAAACCAAAGGCGCUUCUCGACCUCAACCCCCGAGGCCUCGUGCCAGCGCUCAAGCUGGGUAAGAGCGAGGGAAAGGGGCUUGGAGAGUCGACAGUCAUCAUGGAGUACCUCGAGGAGGCCUACAGCCUCUCCUCGACCAGCUCCGGCGACCACCCUUCCCUGCUCCCCCCACUCUCCGACGCCUACUCCCGCGCCCUCGCCCGGCUGGCGGCAGACAAGCUCAACCGCAACCUGAUCCCGGCCUUCUACCGGUACCUGCAAGCCCAGACGACGGAAAAGCAGAUCGAGGGCGCAAAGGACUUCCUCUCGGCGCUCCAUGACUUUAUCGACUCGAUGCACCCGCCCUCGUCUUCGUCGGCCGGUUUCUGGAACGGCUCGAAGCUGUCGUGGACCGACGUCAUGGUCGCCCCCUGGCUCUUCCGGGCCACGAAUGUGCUCCGCCACUUCCGCGGAUUCGAGUGGGACAAGAUGAUCGAGGGCCAGGAGAGAAAGGACCGCUUCCGAGCCUGGACGCAGGCCGUCUUCGCCCACGAGGCAUUCAGGAAAACGACGUCGUCAGAGGAACUCUACCUCGACAGCUACGUGAGGUACGCCGAAAACAGGCCCAACACGUCCCAAGUCGCCAACGCCAUCAACUCGGGUCGCGCUCUGCCCUGA